AUGCAACAGGCAAUAGAGAACUACAAGAGAAUGAUGUAUAUUGCUGACAACAUUGACCGUGGUUCAAAAGAUGGUUUAGAUUAUCAAAAGCUCCAACAACUGUUUUCCCCACAAGAAAAACGAAGAAAGAUACAAUUAAUAGGAAUUCAUUUGAUGGAUGACACAAAGCUCACAUUUCAAGAAGUUUGUGAAUAUUGUAAACAAGCGGAAACGAUAUUCGGAGGGAUCAAGCAGGAACCGAUCUAUUCCGAUGAACAGUUUGUCAAAUAUCUAAUCAAUUGUGAUAUUUACACUCAAAAAAUGGCAGUUAAUGGAACAAAAUAUGAAGAAGCAAUGGAAAGCUUGAAAUGUCUUUUAGCUUAUGUAUUGAGAAUAAUUGAAGCAAAUGCAAAAUUGCGGCGAUGUUUUGAAGGUUUCAUUGCUCGAAAAUAUGUGUGGAUAAAACAUCAAAUUGAAACGAUCGCACACAAACAAGAUGAUGAGCACGCUGAUUGUACACAGCUAAAAGAGUAUUUAGAAAAAAUGGAAGCAAUAAGAAAGAUAAGUUAA